AGAAUGAUUGGAGCAAGCGGUGACAUCGCAGGAGCAAGGCUGCCAACGGCCCGGAAGACAAUUCAGGAUCCUGGAACUCAAGGUAUUCGCUGAAAAUGGACGGAAAAGGGGGGAAACUCGGCAAGUCCAGGACUGGACGUUGAUGGUCUGAGGCGACCAGAUGCGUGAGGUGGUGAAGACCAUCCUCGAAUGCAUCGGCGAAGACCCUGAUCGACCGGGACUUGUCGACACACCCGAAUGCUACGUCAAGGCGAUGCUGUGCUUAACCAAAGGCUACGAGCAAAACGUCCGGGAUAUCGCCAAGGAGGCCAUCUUCAACGUGAAGCACAACGAGAUGGUAAAAUCAAGGAUAUUGAUGUCUUCAGCAUUUGUGAGCACCACCUGUUGCUGUUCACGGGAAAGAUGCACAUCGGCCACAUCCCUGACAACUGGGUCAUUCGGCCUCUCGAAGCUGCCCCAGAUUGCCGAGGUGUUCAGCCGGCGCCUGCAGUUCCAGGAGAAUUUGACCAAGGAGGGCGCAAACGCCAUCAUGGAGGUUCUCAAGCCACAGGACGUGGCCGUGAUUAUGAAAUCCAGCCAUUUGUGUUAUGGCAAUGCGGGUGGUGGAGAAAGCGACGGUAGCUACCAUCACGAGCUGCGUGCUGGGCUGUUUUGGGGCGGAGGAGAAGACGAGAAAGGAGUUUCUGGGUCUGAUAGACCUCAACAGGUGAAGUGAAAGCGGCAGAUGUGUGGUUCGAGACUUCAAACCCACACAGGGAAAAGGGAGGUGGUCGGGGUCGAAUGUAGCUAG